CAGACGCACCGGGGCUGCUCGCUGUCCUCUAUUCGUGUGAGCCCGGGACAGGACGGAGAUGUCUGGCGCUGUGAAAGAUGAACCGAGAGCAUCCUGCCAGUAUGAAUACUCCGACACGGUCCAGGUAGCAGUCCAAACUCUCACGGAGAGGAAAGACUUCGUCGUUGGAGCAGAUUGCACCGUCAGAAAGCUGAAAGGGUUCGUGGCGGAGAGGAUGGGUACCCAAGCCAAGCGGCUGGUGCUGAUCCACUCCGGUCGGGUCCUGGGUGAUUCAGAACUGCUGAGUCAGCUUAAAGGACAGGACGGAUCCGUCAGCCUCCGCAUGGUCCUCAGGCCUCAGCAUUCAUCCGCCACACCCAUCAGUGACCCUGCCUCAGAAACUGUCCAAUCAGAGCUCACACCUGUUCUGGACCCCAGCCCUGAUAACCUCACACCAUCUCCCACCUCUCCCCUCUGCCUGGUGGAAGGUCUGGACAGCCUGGGUCUAAAUACCAGCAGUCCUGGCUUCUUCUCAGCUCUCCAGCGCCAGAUGGAGAAGCAGCUGCUGGCUGAUCCAGAGAUGAUGUGCCAUGUCCUGGGCAGCCCGCUAGUGCAGAGCACCCUGUCCUCCUCCAGCCCCCAGCUCACCAGGCAGCUCAUCCUGUCCAACCCCCAGACCCAGCAGCUGUUACAGACAAACCCCGAGGUGGGCGACAUGCUCAACAACCCAAAUGUCAUCGCACAGAUAUUAGAGCUUGCAAGGAACCCUGAAAUGAUCCAGGAAAUGAUGCGUAACCAGGACAGGGCAUUAGGCAACCUGCAGCCGGCACAAGGCAACUCUGAAACCAUAACGGGUGGCUGUGAUGGCCUUCAGAAAACAGAAAUACAAGAACACGGUCUCAACCUUUCACAGAUCCAGAUUGGGGCAAACCGAGUGGCGGCUUCGUCACGUGGGAACUCCCCACCAACAAGGAAAGACAGAGAGCAGACCCACUCCUCUAGCCACUGGACAGAUCCUCUUUCAAAACUGACUUCCCCACCUAUAACUGAUCCCUCUUCUCAGAAAACUAUUACUGGAGGGAUGCAGUCUCUUCUGGAGGAGAUCACAGCUAAUCCAGGUCUGAUGGAGAGCCUGCUGUCUGGGCCUUAUGUAAGCAGUCUGUUGAAAAGCCUCAGCCAGACGCCUGACUUGGCUGCACAGAUGCUGUUGAGCCACCCUUUGUUUUCAGGAAAUCCUCAGCUGCAGCAGCAGAUGAGAGAGGAGCUCCCUGUUUUCCUACAACAGAUGCAGAACCCAGAGCUGCUGUCAGCCAUGUUGAACCCUAAAGCCAUGGAGGCUGUGCUACAGAUCCAGCAGGGCCUGCAGACUCUGGCCUCAGAGGCUCCUGCUCUCAUACCUGUGGUUGGGCUCGGUGGCACAGGAACAAGUGUUAACGCUGCGCCUGAGGUGCCCUCUGACACCGUCCUUAACAACCAAUCAGGCAGUGGUCCCCAGGUUGCCACGGUGACAGAGCAGCAGCAGCAGUUUGUACAACAGAUGCUGCAGGCGUUGGCUAGCACCAAUCAUGGGGUCCACCGUGAGGAGGUCAAGUUCCAGGAGGAGCUGGACCAGCUGAGCUCUAUGGGCUUCAGAGACAGACAGGCAAACAUUCAGGCCCUCAUUAACACUCGAGGAGAUGUCACUGCUGCGAUAGAGCAUCUGCUGAGUCACUAACACACACGCGCGCGCGUGGCUGAUUCAUGUUGGUAUGCACAAACAUGCACAUACCUGAAUGCCUGUGAACAUACAUACAUUACGCACAUAGUCUCCAACACACUCUACAAAUGCAUGCCAUUGCACAUGGACAUAAAUCCAUGUUUGUAUCACUGUGCUUAUGGAUACAUUCCCUCUACUUACAUUUAUUCAUUAACUUCAGACACUAACCUCAGCAGUAAUUUCUAUUAAAAUUUUCCUAAUAAUCACCCGGACCUGAUAACACAUCGCCUUGCAAGAAAAUGGCUUUUUAUAGAUGAACAAAAUGCUCGCCCUGGAGGAUUUUCUUGACCUUUUUAUCUGAGUUGACACAUUUGCUCCAUGUGAGGAUGGAAGUACAAGAACACAAGCAUUUAAAUUAUUUAAAUCAAUUACACCGGUACCGGUCCGUACAGGCACUUGUUCACCUUCACAUAGAUGUGUAGCAAUAAAACACUGCAUACAUAUUCAGAAGCAAGUCAUUUAUUUUUAAAAUACAUGCUGCCACACUAUGAAGCAUUUUGAAUGUCCCUUGUACCUUGACACCUGGGCUAAGUCUGAUGAAAGCUUUUAGUGCCCAGAGACACGCAGAUGUUCUGGUAGCACGUUGUGUACUUGCAGUGUUGUAGAUUUGAGCUUGGAGCACAAUCUUCACUGCGUGUCGUUCCCACUUGCCCUUGGCCUUGUUGCUCUUGUCCUUCUUAUCUCUCUCCACUACAGAGUGUCUAGUACAGCAGAAAUGCACUAGGAAUAACUAUCAUGUAUUACAGCCUUAAGAUGAGGAUGUGUUCAGAGUUUUUAAGGGAUGACAAAAUAUGCCCGAUGCUGCAAUAGCUUAAUGCAAUUUCCUUGAACAUAUCCAUUUAAUAAUAGGUCGAAUACGCCAUAAUCACACAGGGUGUUUUCCACUGAACUUGAAGCAUUAGCUGGCACAAGUGAAUUUUAUGGCUCUAUCUAAUUUUGAUGCUACCCUAACCCAAAGAAGAAGAAAAAAAAAACAAGUUUAAACAGCUUAAACUGAGUAAAGAGCAUUUAAAGACCGGGAAUCUGAGCUGAAAGAGCGCAGGCAGCUCGCGGUUCUCAUCCAUUUAACUUAAAAGAGUUUGAACGUUCAUCUCGAGGCUACGCUGGCCCAAAAGUCGGAUUGAACAGAUAAUCUCAUCUUUUUUUUUUUUUUUUUUUAGCUAUGAAAAAAUGUAUUUGAAUCCAAAGGUGUUAAAGUAAGUAAGUCAGGCGACCAUACAAGCUUGUCUUUUAUGAUCUUGCAGGGGUGAGUUGGUGUCAAUUCAGUACGUUAGUUCUGAGAAACCUGAUGAGGAUGUGCCCUAUCUAUAGCUUUUAAAUGACUUUAAUCCUCACUGACUACUGUCUGGAAUUUGACGCUCGUUCUUCUGUUGCUUUUCUGAGACUUACCAUCACUUCAAUAAAUCUGCCAUGUUACAGCCUUUGUGUGCUCUAAGGAUUGGGUGCAGUAUAAGUACAUCCCUUUAUAUUUUCACUUAGCUGCAACUGGAAUUGAUAUGUAAAAGUCUGCUCAAUUGAAUCCUUCAUGCGGUUACUUUUAUUUGCUAUUGAUAAAAUAUUUUAGACCUUGACUUGUGUCUUUUAGAUUGAAAGAAUUUUGUCAGGGAGAUUAUCAGUCACCUCUGCAGGUCUUGAUGAACAGGAAUGCUCAUAAUCCUGGUGCACCUUAAAUAUGCUCUUUGUACGGUUUGUCAAGAUGUGAACUAAUGUUAGUAGGAAACUCCACUUUACUCUAGAUUCUCUUGCUGCUAUUUACUGUAAAUGUAAAGUCACGGUGUUAGGUUUUUUUUUCCAUGCCUUGAUGUUUAUUGUUAGACUUUUAUGGGGCUGUACCAGUGGAGAAGAUCAGUAAUACAUGAUGUGGUUGGUAAGAAAACAUAUUGCUGUGCCUGAAGACGGAGUAGCAGUUUAGAGUCCCAUCCUCUUGGGGCCAUAGAUCAACUUCAAUAAAGCUGAAAAAC